UUACGUGAUUGGUAGUUUACUCUUGAGUAGAUGCUACUUUUUGUAUAUUUUAUAAUAAACUUUGAAUAGUUCACAGCAAAAUCCUCCUCAUCAAAUGAUUCAGCCCAUCAAAUAUGACCAACGUGGAAAUUUUGAAAUGAAUUGGAUAUGAAUGCUCAUUUGGGUAUUGUUGCCCAUGGAAAAUUAUAAACUAGUUUGCAAUUAUAUAUACUGGUACUCAUUCUUGCUUAGGUCACAGGAUUAACUCAUGGGCUAUUAAAGGCCAUUGACUUAGAAUUUGUUUUACAAGCACAGAUGGGUAUAUCUUUUCUCAUAUAAUCCAAUCUGCCCAAAACUUCUUCUCAUUGCUUCAGAUGGGUAUAUCUUUUCUCAUAUAAUCCAAUCUGCCCAAAACUUCUUCAGGGUAUAUCUUUUCUCAUAUAAUCCAAUCUGCCCAAAACUUCUUCUCAUUGCUUCAGACGGGUAUAUCUUUUCUCAUAUAGUCCAAUCUGCCCAAAAUUUCUUCUCAUUGCUUCAGACGGGUAUAUCUUUUCUCAUAUAAUCCAAUCUGCCCAAAAUUUCUUCUCAUUGCUUCAGAUUCGGGAUUGCUAAUUUGUAACAGAGGAAGCAAGUUUAAUCAUGGUGUCCCAAAAGCCAUUGGCAGCCUCAGGCAUUGUGUUGCUAACUCUCUGGGGACUGUUUGCAGGUUCAUAUUCAGACCAGUGCACUGCAUUGUUGCCUAUCCUGAACCCCUGUUUUAAUGCUCUGCAGUCAGGAGAUAGUUUUAUGAGAGCUGAGAGCAUUUGCUGUAAGAGCUUUAUUGCUCUGGACCAAAUUGUUGGUGACUCUGCAGUUAGAAAAUAUGAGAUCUGUGGUUGUCUGAAGGGGUUUGAGGGUGAGAAGCAGAGAUUAUUCAAUGAAAAGCUGUUGGAGGUUCAAGUUCUCUGUGGCCCAAAUGUUCCAUUCCCAAUAACCCCCUUUUCUGACUGCAUCAUGCCAAUGUGGGGAACACUAUAGCAGAGAUUUUGUAGGCAAACUCAAUUACAAAUGGAACAAUGGCUUUGUAAAGAUGUCUUCUAGUUUUCUAGCAUUCGAUAAUGGAUCAUGGAGUGUGAUCUGAAAUGUUUAUUCAAAAACUAAUACACAAACUAAUUCAGAACGCCAAAAAGAUAUUAGAAUCAUGGAUUGUGGAAAUCCGAUAUAAUAUGUCAAGAAUUCAAGUUUUUUUUUUUUUUGUGAGUAGUUUGUGGGCAAAUUGUUGCUCGGUGCUUCUGUAUCAGUGUGCUUAUCAUGUUUGAGAAAAGGUUAUUCAGACAUCAGAUUGUACCAUGGCUGGAUUUUACAUAACCGAAGUUUUGAUUUCUCAUGGAUGAAGAUCAUUGACAACUUGUUCACUGCAUCAUCGCCUCAAAUAAGAAGAACAGUCCCUCUUCUGGGCUGAUCAUCUGAGAAAAAAGGUUACAAGCUAAUGCAGUUGAAACUUGAAGAUGCAAUUAUGUUCAGAGAAAUCAUGUAAUUUGGUUCUUCUGAGAUCAGUUUUUCUGUUAUUGUAAAUUAUUGUGCAAAGUCCAGAGAUGAAAUUUGAUUACAUCUGGCUAAAAAUAAAACAGCAAUAAAUGAUAAUGAUUUUGUUUUAA